ACUCGACUACCUGGCGCCUCGGUCUACUGACCGUUGUUUUACUUGUCUACGUUGAUGUGUCAGUACGGUGGAGGCCAGCGCUGGACAUUUUUGUAGCUACAAGUCCCAGUUUUUAACCACGUAAGCAAAGUUUGUGUUUGAGGCAACGUUUUACAUCUCGAUAUAACAUACUCUGCAUACUCAGCAGCAUCUUUGAAAGUUUUGUGUAGGACGGUGAUCAUUCAUAAGAAAAAGAUCUUCCAAUGCUAGUGCCAUUGAAUCUUGAGAAAAUACAGGUGAACAAGUGCGGAUUAUAAUUACUAUUUUUGUCAUGGCGUCUCAGUGUUAAUCUCUAACAUGGCAUCGCCAGGACCAAGUAUUUGUCCAGAAGCACUUAGAAACUUCAGAUAUUACUAUUCUGUGACACACUGGGGAAAGAAGGUGCUGUUCAUAAUAUACCGUUUCUCUUUUCUCGAUGGACAAAGCAAGAAAAUCUCCGAGAUUCUCGUCGACAACGGAGUGCAACUUAAUAAAUCUUUCAAUGCCCAGGAAGUCAAAAACCUGACCGACAAGCAUCCAGAAGAUUUGGACAUCACGCUGAUGAAUAAAGUAUGCCAGGCUCUUUGGCAAAAGGGGAUAAAGAACCCAAGUUUUGAACUUAAAGCUCUAGUGAAAAAAAUAAAAGAUGAGAGGAACGUUGUUAGCCAUGAAGUGAAGAUGAUGACGGUCCCAGAUUUAAUAAGCAAGCUCUCUAACUUUCAAGGAAUGCUCGAGGAAACUCUUCGCGAAGCUAAAUCUGUCUUUUCGAGUCAUGUUGCGGAAAUUGUUCUACUCGAAAAGGAGAUCCAAGAUGCCAUUCCAAAGCUGAUAGGAAAGAUCCGUGAGAAAUACGAUCCCUCAAUCCCGGAAGACUUGCAAAACUUUCAGAAGGAAAUAGACGCGUUUGGGAAGGAGCUCUCUGAAUACAUACAACAACUCUCUCGGAAAGAACUCGUGUCUCUUUACGUCAACCUCUGUCAGAUUUCCCCCAUCGACUGGCUAGCUCAGUUUAGUAUCACAUAUCCAUGUGCCUUCAUGGUCUGCGCCAAGUUGGCGGAAAGUAAGGAGUUUCACUGGGGUCUUCAUGACAGUGGAGCUAUCACUGUUGAUCAAAAUGGAAUCCUGGAAGUUAAAGACCCAUCGGGAAACGACCCCAAAGUCGUCAUUAUCUCUGGUGAUGCAGGUUCAGGAAAGACCACGAUUCUCUGUUCCAUUGCUGAGAAAUGGCAUAAGAACGCAGAAGAUAUGCCAGAGCUUUCCUCCUUUCAAAUAUUACUCUACAUGCAGUUUAGAAAUCAUAACCAUGACAACUUUGAUGACUUCCUACGAAACUUGCUUCCAAAAACUGUAUCUCUGUUUCAGUUAAAGCAUAUAAAGUCUUCAGUGAUUGACUCUAAAUGUCUAGUCUUGUGUGACGGGUAUGAUGAGUGGAAUGAGAAAUCUGCAAAGCUCUUUGAAGAAAUAUUAUCUCUUCCUUCUAAGAAUAUGAAGAUUGUUGUCACCACACGACCAGGGAACACUGAAAGACUAACAGAAAUUGUGAACAAAGAAAAAUGCGUCAGAGUCAACCUACAAAUUUUAGGUCUUCAGAAAGAGGAUAUGAACUUGCUUACAGAAACACUCAUUGGCCAUCUGGUGAAAGAUGACCAGACCCGAAAGGAACUGAAAAGUGACCUGCUUCGAAAAAUAGAUGAAAUGGACGCUAAAAUUAGGGUCAUCCUGCAGACACCAUUGUUUUUCAAUCUGUUUGUUCUUCUUCAUAUUGAAUGUCAGGAUCUGAGCAAUGAAAUGAGCAGUAGGGCAUCACUCUAA